AGAUUAAUGAAUUAAGCGAUACCGGACGUAGUCCGAAUGGAACACUGAACAGGGAACAUUCUCCUGUAGAACUUGUUCAUAAUACUGCUGCAAUUUGCGCUUUCAGGCAAAAUGCAACACUCAUUGUCUUCUAUGCUUGUGCUUUUGUGCUAUCUUUCCCUAGUGUUCACCAUGAUCGAUGUAACGAAACAUCCUAACUGGUCGCUGUUGGAGCACAAUAGUUGCGGUAAUUCUAACAGUGAUCGUAUUAUUGGUGGUAAAAAUGCGAGCCUCGGCGCAUAUCCUUGGAUCGCGAGAAUAGGAUACAGCAUGCCUGAUGCAGGUGAAACAUUAAGCUACAGAUGUGGCGGCACGAUAAUCAGUAAACUGUACGUAGUCACGGCUGCCCAUUGCGUGGCGGAUCUACCCGAAAAUUUCAAGGUGAAUGGAAUUCGUUUGGGCGAACACAACACUCUCACUGAUCCCGACUGUGAAAAGGGAUUUUGUGCAGAGCCAGUACAGGACUUUCUACCCGAAUCGAUAAUCAUCCACGAAGAUUACAACAAUCCAAUGUACAAAAAUGAUAUAGCGAUAGUGCGGUUAAACAAGCCAGCGGUUUACAAUGAGCACGUGAAGCCGAUUUGCAUGAUGAGCGGUGACCUUCUCAGGAAGAACUACCUCGGCGAGACGGCAGAAGUCGCCGGUUGGGGAAUUUACGAUAUUAAUGACCCGAAGCCUAGCAUAAUCCUACAGACGGUUAAGCUGCCGGUCGUCGAAAUGGAUAGAUGUGUGAUAGCGUUCAAAAGCUAUGCAGAUGUAUCGGGGAAGCAACAAAUGUGCGUAGGCGGCAUCCCGGGCGAAGAUUCUUGUGGCGGUGAUAGCGGCGGGCCCCUGAUGAAAGUGGAGAGCCUGGACGGACCCCCUAAAUACUAUCUCAUCGGCAUCGUUUCUUUUGUUCGCGUGGGCAAAGUGUGCUGUGAUCAUCUCUUGAUCACUCACAAUCUGUUAAUAAUAACGAAUUUGAAUAAUCCGUUGAGAAUGUCGACGUCGACCUUCCUGGUGUUCCUCAACUCUCUGACGUUGCUGAUUAUCAACAUCCAUGCGCAAUCACGGACGGACUGUACAGCCGACAACCAGGUGGGCACGUGUAUAAGCGCGCGUGACUGUACACUGGUGUCCAACAUUCUGCAACAAUCGCGGGAACAGGCCAUCGACUAUCUGAGGCGCAAUCACUGUGGCUUCGAGGGCUCGAAUCCAAUGGUGUGCUGCAUAAACAACGCGAGCAUCCACACCCGUCCAGGUGGCCUCGUGUCAAACCCUGGGACCACGCAGAAUUGGAACCCGGAAACAACUACUUCGGAGUCUGCCGAGAACACGCAGAUAGACCUGGCGAGCAACCCGCUGCUGCCGAGCGACUGCGGCCGCGACUUGUCGCAGAAGCUCCUCGGCGGCGAGCGUACCGAGCCCAGCGAGUUUCCCUGGAUGGCACUAUUGGAAUAUCAAAAACCCAACGGCAGAACGACGGCAUGCGGGGGUGUCUUAAUUAAUAAGCGCUACGUCCUUACCGCCGCUCACUGUAUCAAGGGCAAGGAUCUACCAACCAACUGGCGUCUGACCAGCGUUCGCCUGGGCGAAUACAACACCGACACCGAACAGGAUUGCGUGCCAAACGGUGAUAAUACCGAGUUGUGCAUUGAUGAUCCGGUAACCGUAGGCGUGGAGGAGCAGUUCGCCCAUGAGGAAUACCGGCCACUGUCGCGAGAUCAACGUUACGAUAUCGCAUUGCUGCGUCUCAGCCGCGACGUGACGUUCACCACCUACAUCAAACCCAUCUGCUUGCCGUCCAAUCCGUCGCUCAGUGGCAAGCUCUUCGUGGCCGGCUGGGGCAAGACGGAGAAUCGCUCGGCUUCGAAUAUUAAGCUGAAGUUGGGCUUGCCCUUGGCGGAUAAGAGCCAAUGCGAUCAGACUUAUACUAACGCCGGCGUCCAGCUCGGCUUUGGGCAACUCUGUGCGGGCGGCCAGAAAGGCAAGGACUCGUGUCGGGGUGACUCGGGCGGUCCCCUGAUGGCCGUCGAGAGACUCACCGAUGGUGCCCUCAGGUGGACUUCCGUGGGCGUUGUAUCCUUUGGACCAUCGCCCUGUGGCAUGCAAGGAUGGCCUGGCGUAUAUACGAAAGUAAUAGACUUUGUCCCCUGGAUUCUUAGUAAAUUAAGAAACAUGUGGGCAAUGGCUAAACAACGAAUCACCGAUGACUCGCUAUUGACGAUUGUCCCCACCGAACCAACAGAUUUAAUAGGCCCAGCAAGUGCGAAAGAAAGAGAGAGAAUACAAAAACGAGAAAGAAGAAUAGCAACAAAGCAAUUACAAGAGAUUGAUUGGCGAGGAGUAAUUACACUGGUACCGCAAAUAAACAUGAUGUUCAUCGGUACGCUUGUCCUCUUCCUCGUAUUAACAACAAUCGAUGCACAGGGUAGAUGUUCGGAAGGAAGUGGUAACUGUAUCAAUAUUCGCAAUUGUCCGGCGAUCAUAUCAAUUCUAAGAGGUUCAAGACCACUUUCGGCGGAGGCGUUGCAGACUCUCAGAAACUCGCAAUGUGGCUUUGAGGGCAGCGACCCGAAGGUCUGUUGCGACCAGGGGACUACGACGACGACGACGACGACAACGACGACAGAAGGCCCGGAAAUUAUUCCAAGCCCACCAGAUGUAUCAAACCAUCCAAAUCUACGUCUGUUGGAGCACGUAAUAUGCGGGCCGAUCGUCCAGCAAAAAGUAGUCGGCGGCAACAAAACCGGUGUCUUCCAGUAUCCGUGGAUGGCGUUAAUCGCGUACGACACCGGAAGACCGAAUCCAGAGUUCCGUUGCGGCGGUACGGUCAUCUCUUCGCGCUAUAUCCUCACUGCCGCCCACUGCGUCACGACACUUCCGGCGGGUCUCAGAGUAAUAGGCGCCAGAAUAGGAGAUCACGACAUAAACACGGAACGUGACUGCGAGAGAGACAUGAAUGGACUCGAGGGCUCAUGCGCGGAGAGGUAUCAGGAUUUCGGUGUGGAUAGCAUCCACUUCCACCCGGACUACACGAGGACGAAGCUGCAAAAUGACAUUGCACUUAUCAGGUUGAAUAAUUCCGUGGACUUUAGACCUCGAAAUGCCAGGCCGAUUUGUCUACCUUUCGGUACUUCGGCGCCGCUAACUCAGAAAAUAGGUGUGGUGACCGGCUGGGGCGCGACGGAAUUAGGCCCGCGUAGUCAGGCUCUCCUACAGGCGAAGCUACCGCUAGUGAGUUACGAACAGUGCAAAGAAACAUAUAAAAGGACCACGCAGAUCUGGUACAAGCAGCUGUGUGCCGGUGGCCAGAUGAACGUGGACUCCUGCUUGGGCGACAGCGGCGGGCCUCUGCAGGCCGGUGGUAUAUACAACAGCAGGUCGGUGCGCAUCAUCCAAUAUGGGGUAGUCAGUUACGGGCUGAAGCAGUGCGGCACCGAAGGCUUCCCCGGUGUUUACACUAAAGUCGCCUACUAUAUGGACUGGAUACUCAAUACGAUGACAGAUUAAAGGGAUUGAAAAGCUACAGAAUACAAGUCUUUCGCAAUACUCUGAAUCGACACGUGUCUGGGACAUGGUGAAGUAAACGCGGUAAUCCGAGUCGCGAUGAGAAUGAGAAAUUUCGCGAGGCGUUCAAUAAAUACGACAGAUUAAAAAAAAAAUUGAUUUCAAGAGAUCAGGGGUAAAUUUGCAGUGGCAUAAGAGGAAUGUAUCUUCUAUGCUUAUGAAGAUAAGCAUCUGGGAAGAUUUAGACAUCUAGGAAGAUGAUUCACGAGUGCAUACCGUUAGUGUGUGUUUUUAAUUAACAUAAAUCAUUAUUGUUAAUUUCAAACGCUCUUGUUAUCUGUUUAUUAGAGUAAAGUAUCUUACUGCCGAUACAACUUUAUUCCAUUAGACGGAAAUCUCUUGGAAUUGCGACUUAAGUUAAAUUUCAUUGUAUUACUUUAUGACAUAUAUGUGAUAAGCGUGUAACAUUUUCGAUGAGAAGAGAAAACGAAAGUUUUUCAAAAGAAAGAGAGAGAGAGAGAGAGAGAGAGAGAGAGAGAGAGAGAGAGAGAGAGAGAAGGAAACGUUCUCUUCUUACUAUAAUAGAUAUUUAUGCUAAACCGAUGCAUGGUUAUGAUUCAUAUGUAAACAUAUCAUGUUGUUUUUACGACCUAUACAAUAUCGAUAUAUGAUUUUUCCAUAAAAAA